AUGGAGGAGUCCGAAUGGCUUGUAUCACGCUUCCUAUUUGCCUGCAAUGAUACCGGCUUCCAAGAACAGUCUCUUCACCACAAUUCUUCCAACGCUUUUCCAGCACUACAGUUCGCUUCAGAGCUUUUCUACGCGCACAAAAGUACUAUCGGUCGGAAAUUUGCAGAAAAAGCCCUGCGAAUACACGAAUCAAGGUUUCCAGAGAUUACACACCAUACCGUCAGUGGAUUACUCCCAGAAGUUCCCAAUGUAGAUCAUCUUGAGUUAAUUGCAGCACGGCUGCUGCACUCAGUAUGUGGACCCUACCCAGAAACAUCAACUGAUUAUCUUUCAGAGCUGAUCCAAACGCGUCUUAUUCCUGUCAUCAUCUUGCUUGUAUUUAUUCUAAACUCUGCAAUCUGCUGCGUGCUCACACGACGUCAUAUGCGCACCCCAAUAUACUCCAUACUGCUUUCCAUUGCUGUUGCCGAGUUAUUUACUGGACUUCUGCCAUUGCCCAUGUAUCUAGGACGCAGUUUCAUCGGUGGUACAGUCUGGUGGGAGAGAAUGGUG